AUGAAUGGGUUUGCGCCUCCACCGUUUGGCCAACCACCCUCAGUAUGGCAAGAGCAUCGAACACCAGAUGGACGCGCCUACUAUUACAACACUGCGACAAAGGCAACACAAUGGACCAAGCCCGAGGAGAUGAUGUCGCCUGCUGAGCGCGCCUUGGCAAAUCAGCCAUGGAAGGAAUACACUGCCGAGGGCGGUCGAAAGUACUGGUAUAACACCGAGACUAAGGAGAGCUCGUGGGACAUGCCAGAGGUUUACAAGACCGCGCUUGGUGUUAAUGGGACGCCCAGCGCACCGACACCGCAGAGUUCCUACGCAGCCAGCGGCCCAUCGAAUUCUUUCGACCAGGGGCGCGAAAGCCGUGACUCACAUGUCGAACCACGUCAGAUUACAUACCCAUCCGAUCCGAAAGCUCAGAGCUUCGUCCCCGCGAGCAACGACCCCGAAUACUCGACCGCGGAGGAGGCCGAGGCAGCUUUCAACAAGCUGCUUCGUCGCAGUGGCGUCCAGCCUGACUGGACCUGGGAGCAGGCCAUCCGGGCGACCGCGCGCGACCCUCAAUUCCGCGCCAUCAAGGACCCCAGGGAACGCAAGGCUGCGUUUGAGAAGUUUUGUCAGGAUGUUCUCGUCCAAGACAAGGAACGCGCCAAGGAAAGAUUGACCAAGCUGCGAGCCGAUUUCGAGACCAUGCUGAAGCGACACCCUGAGAUCAAGCAUUAUACCCGAUGGAAGACGGCACGACCGAUCCUCGAAGGCGAGACUACGUUUCGGUCAACCAAAAGCGAGACGGAGCGCCGUCAGCUGUUCGAAGAAUACAUUAUUGAUCUCAAAAAAGCACACGCUGAGGAGCAGACAAACAAUCGUCGCAGCGCCAUAGAUGGAUUGGCUGACUUGCUGCCAAAACUGGAGUUGGAGCCCUAUACGCGCUGGGCGGAUGCUCAAAACAUCAUUUCGACCACACAACCCUUCCAGAAUGACGCCAAGUACAAGACACUCACUCAGCUUGAUGUCUUGACUGCUUUUCAAAACCACAUGAAAGCCGUCGAGCGUGGGUUUGCAGCUUCCCGUCAAGAGGGCAAAGAUCGCAAAUACCGUGAGGAACGCAAGGCGAGAGACGCCUUCAAAGCACUGUUGGCCGAGCUCCGCAAGGAGGGCAAGAUCAACGCUGGUACCAAGUGGUCCCAGUUUCUGCCGCUGGUUGAAAAAGAUGAGCGCUACAUCAACAUGGCUGGCAACCCUGGCUCGACUGCGCAGGAGCUCUUCUGGGACAUUGUUGAAGAGGAGGGCCGCGCGUUGAGAGGACCUAGGAACCUUGUCCUCGAUGUUCUGGAGGAUAAACGCUAUGAUCUGACUUCCACAAGCGAGUUCGAAGAGUUUCUGUCCCUUGUCAAGGAUGAUCGUCGUACUGCUAACAUCGACCGUAACACCCUAAAGCUGAUUUUUGAUCGCCUGCGCGAGAAGCGGGUCACCAAACGAGAAGACAAGCGCGACGAUGACCGUAAUCAGCGCCGUGCCAUAGACGAUCUGCGGAGCCACAUGAGGCGCGUUGAACCACCAAUUACCAUCAACGACAGCUACGAGGAUGUCCGGGCUCGCCUACUCAAGAGUGACGAAUUUCAAGCUGUAACCUCGGAGGAGUCCCGACGUGCUGCCUUUGACAAGCACAUCCGCCGUCUGCGAGAAAAGGAAGAGGAUGCUGAACGCAGGGAGCGUCGCCGAGAUCGUCCCUCUAUGGAGCGCGAUCGCCGUGACAGAGACCGAUCCAGGGGCGAGCGAUCUCACCGUAGCAGUGGUCGCCGUCGCAGUCGCAGCCCCGAGGUGGAUGCGUACGAGGCCGACAGGCGACGAGCCAUUGCUGAGCGCGAGCGCAAUCACCGCAAGUCAACCAUGGCAGAAAACCUGCUCACGAGCGAUCGAGGUCGUCUUUCUCCUCCCCCACGCCGGGAGCGAGAACGGGAAAGAGACCGCGACCGCGACCGUGAGCGAGAUCGUGGUCGAGAUAGAGACUUUGAUCGACCCCCUCGCAGUCGCCGUGAUGACGAUGCCCACUACGACCGCGAGCGGAGAGUUCGCGAGGAGGAUCGUGAGAGGCUCUAUCGCCGCCGCACGGAGCGUGGAGGUUCGUAUGAUGAGCUGCCGUACGGGGAUGAGAGAUCUUCAGGAACCCGACGACGCCGUGAGGAUGAAGACGAUUCGGGACGACGUGAUUCACGCGACUCUAAGCGCAUCCGUAGGGAGAAGAGCUUGGAGCGCACCCCUCUGCGUGACGCUCCUCGCAAGAAGACGCCUCAGCCCGAACCCACAUCUAGAGAUAUCAGAUCGGGGAGCGAGGAAGGUGAGAUUGAGGAGGAAGAAUGA